AUGUUUUCACGUUUGUGCUUGUGCGCAGUGCUCGCAGCUCUGACUGCUGCAUCGCCUGGACUCCGAGGCUUAACAAAUACAAGCAACAGCACCGCGGCACAGCGCUCCGCAACGGGCUGCGACUGCUCCUGGCUUGCGCGCGAUGACUGCAUCAGCCAGGAUGCCUGUGCAGUCUCCUGCCGCCAAUCGCAUGGGUCACCUUGCACCGCGGGGACACCUGGGGCCCCCGCUGGGGCGCCAAGCAAUGCAGCAUGCCAGGCAAGUUGUGAUUCCAGCUUCGGCAGUUGCAACCGAUGGUGUCACAUUCCACCUGGCGGUGGUCCGUACUACACAGAAGCAGAGGAGGAAGCGCUGAAGGGCCAAAUCAUGCAGUGCGAAGGGCAUGAUGAUGGUAUUCCUGGCUCAAGAUUUGUUCCAAAGUUCCUGAUCAACCUGAUCCACUCGGGCCAGAAGUACCUGAGCACCAUGUUUUCACGUUUGUGCUUGUGCGCAGUGCUCGCAGCUCUGACCGCUGCAUCGCCUGGACUCCGAGGCUUAACAAAUACAAGCAACAGCACCGCGGCACAGCGCUCCGCAACGGGCUGCGACUGCUCCUGGCUUGCGCGCGAUGACUGCAUCAGCCAGGAUGCCUGCGCAGUCUCCUGCCGCCAAUCGCAUGGGUCACCUUGCACAGCGGGGACACCUGGGGCCCCCGCUGGGGCGCCAAGCAAUGCAGCAUGCCAGGCAAGUUGUGAUUCCAGCUUCGGCAGUUGCAACCGAUGGUGUCACAUUCCACCUGGCGGUGGUCCGUACUACACAGAAGCAGAGGAGGAAGCGCUGAAGGGCCAAAUCAUGCAGUGCGAAGGUGCAUGCACCGUGACGCGCGGGACGUGCUACGGGAACUGCUAG